AUGGCUUCCUCCAAACCUUCCAAUAUCGACGACCGAGAGUGCAUACACCUUCACCCGCAAUGUAGCGCUUGUAACACUGUUUUCUCCGGGGAUGAUCACGUCGUGGCACUGCUUUGCAAUAACAACUCCGUUCGAGGGUAUAAUGGGUAUGCCGGGGGAUACUACUCCGUUAGGGAGCUGCCAAUGCCUGAGGGAGUUGAUUUCUGCAUAGAAGGAAGCAGACAUGGACCUUGCAACGCUACCGAUGAAAGCGUAACUGUUCACCUUGAUUGCAUUCGUUUAUUCGGCAAAACAUGCAGUGCACAGGAUAAGUUUCGAAGGCUCUGGAUCGCAGGGACUAGGAUGUACCCGUGGCGAGACACCCAGUCCUUGAUGCUCGACCCUGUCCUCUAUGCCCCGACAGAUAUGAUCAGCAGCGCUGCUGGCUUUCAAAGGACUUUACUCCCAGAGGUGGCUGGUUUAAUUGGCAGCCAUUUGCAGUCAAACCACACUCUGUUGCGAUUCUGCAAAGUCAUCCAGCUUGCGCGAUAUCUAAGCUUAGCUGAGCCUGGAAAAGCCGUUACCUACCCGCUUUGUGAGGUUCUGUCGUGGUCUCGCGGCACUUCUCCCAUCUUGGCUAAACAAGGCCAAAUCAUCGAUCGAAGGAUGCGGCUUACCAUUGAUUCUCGUGGGAUCAAGAGCAUUGAAAGGGUUUCUGAUAGUCCAGAUGGGGAAAAUGUCACUGGCUCAUCACGUUCUUCUCAUGCAUAUAUUGUAGAACCAGUGGAACGCCUAUCGGGCGUUGGUAUAGAAUUCCAAGUCAGUCUCCCUUCUACACUCUUCACAUGCCGGCUAACCAAGCCGUAUCUCUCAGCUCGGAAUGAGCCGUCUACAUGUUCCGACAUCUGCAAACAUCCCGAUCUGGAACAUCCCGUCGCCGCAUGCCCUUCCGCCACCUGCACACUAUACACCCUCCGACAAAUCCCUACCUAG